GACAGGUGCGACUGCAUUGAGAUGAUGAUAACGGAGACCGCCCUGAAACAUCGCCGGCCGUUUCCAGAAACCACGAUCGACGCCGAAUGCGAGGCGUCGGAGCUGGAGGCCCAGGGCGCAGCGCAUCCCCGAGACCCCGAUGCUGAUCCUGAGCUCUUGAGACUUACAUGGAGACCGAUUUAUCAGCCUUGCCAGAUCGAGCCCGACGCGAAUUCCGAUGCGCAGGGCAUAUG